AUGAAGGGCGCUCUGCUCGGAGCGAUGUUCUCCCGGCACGUCAAGCGGCACCCGGGCCUCGUUCCCCUCAUUGGCUUCAUCAGCGUGGGGCUGGGCAGCGCCGUGCUGUACCUGCUCAGGUUGGCACUGUACAGCCCCGACAUCAGCUGGGACCGAAAGAAUAACCCUGAGCCGUGGAACAAGCUGGGCCCCACCGACCAGUACAAAUUCAUAGCGGUUUCCACCGACUACAAGAACCUCAAGAAGGAGCGGCCCAGCUUCUGAGCAGCCCCACGCAGCCGCCCUGCAACCCCCCCCACGUUGCGCUCCUUGUUCCCCCCCCAGCUCACGCCUCCUGCAUGAACCGGGCAGCAAUAAAC